ACCAAACGAUUCAUAGUAACGUGAUGCAUGAAAAUACUAAAAAGGAGCGGCAUGGCAUAUUCCCUGCCGAAAUGGUGCUGAAACGGCACCGCGGUUGAAAACUUGAAACGAAAUAAAGCAAGGGCUAUUCUCCACCGCAUUCUUAUCCCAUAUAAAAGGUGGUAACUGGUCGGUCUCCGACUCAAGAAAGUGUUUCUGAACAUUUUCUCUGGCUCUAAAGCCGCACGCAGCAUCUAAUGCUUUCUCUCUCAAAUGCAGCAGAUUGAAUUCAAGCACGGAACCCCUUGUCAUGGACUCCGUGACAAUAAAACCCAUGCUCUGUUCUUUCAACUUCAACUUCUCAAACCCCCAAAUCAAGCCUCUCUACUCCACAAACUUCUCGUUCUUUAGGUUCAACCACUUCAGAAAAUUGAAGACCUCUUCGAUCACUUUCUGUCAUAGAGGUGCUUCAAAUCCCAAAAAACAGAAUUCCAAGUUCAGUAAUCGAACCUUUCCCCCGUACCCUAUCUGGGCUUUGGUCCCAAUCUUGCAAAGCAUCAAAAGCUUAGCCGCUUCACAAACCCAGAAAUGGGUUUCAUGCGUACAAGCUUAUAAUGAUUCAGAGAAGAUUCUGGAUGAACUUAAUGGUGGAUAUUUGCAAAAUGGAGGGAUUGGAGUAGCUUUAUUGAGUAUAACUUCGAAUGCGAAGGUUCGGAUUAGUCCUUUCGUAGCGACAUUAGCCGCCAACCCGACGUUUGUCUCAGGUUUCUUCGCGUGGAUGAUAGCGCAGUCAAUAAAGAUGGUCUUGAAUUUCUUUGUAGAGAGGAAAUGGGAUUUGAGAAUACUGUUUGCUUCUGGAGGAAUGCCCUCUUCGCACUCAGCUUUGUGCACGGCUUUGACGACGUCGGUGGCGCUUUGUCACGGCGUGGCGGAUUCGCUGUUUCCGGUUUGUUUGGGGUUCAGUCUGAUUGUUAUGUAUGACGCAAUCGGUGUGAGGCGGCAUGCUGGGAUGCAAGCUCAGGUUCUCAAUAUGAUUGUUGCGGACUUGUUUCAAGGGCAUCCUAUCAGCCAAAGAAAGCUCAAGGAACUUCUUGGCCACACUCCAUCACAGGUCCUUGCUGGAGCUGUGCUUGGCAUUGUGGUAGGUUGUAUCUGUUGUCAAGCUUCCUUGGUUCCAACCUAACCUGCUCUUGCACUCUGCAACCAUUUUUUGUCAGAUUGUGGUGUUGCCAUUUGUCAAUUAUUUGUGGCCUGCUGAGUUACUUGUGUUUAAUUAUAUCCUGUAGUAACUGAUGGAUAUUGGAAUUCCAAAACUCAAAUGUGAAUAAAGAUUUUUUUUUUU